AUGGUGAAGAGCUUACCUACAGAAUUUUACGCACCCUAUCUCUCCGAUGUUGCCAAAGAGCGGAAGCCAAGUCCCAUUCGUAGUCUAUAUCCUCUAGAAAACCGUCCGGGUGUGAUAUCGCUGCUCGCGGGAAAGCCCAACGCCACAACCUUUCCGUUGACUUCAAUAAGAUUGACUUCCUCCUCACCAGCGGAUCCCUCACGCCAGAUUGAGAAUGAAAUAAGCGGGAAAGCCCUCGCCGAGGGUCUCCAAUAUGGUCCAACUGCAGGCAUCCCUUCCUUGUGCGAAUGGAUCUACGGCUUGCAGCAAAGAGAACAUGGAAGGCAGAAGGAUGAGGGUUGGAGAGUGAGCAUAGGAUCGGGUUCACAGGAUCUGAUAUACAAGGCAAGUGUCGACGAGGCUGUGGUCGCUAUGGUAAACCCUGGAGACCCGGUGCUCGUUGAAACGCCUACCUAUGCAGGAGUGCUACCCAUGUUCCAAGCACUAAAUUGUGAUUUAAUAGAUAUAGAGACUGAUUCGCACGGAAUUCGCUCAAAGUCGCUUCGGGCUAUCCUCGAAAAUUGGCCAUCUUCUAAACCUAGGCCAAAACUUCUUUAUACGGUGCCUUAUGGUUGUAAUCCAACAGGUAUGACGGCGAGCUUAGAGAGACGUCGGGAAGUGCUCGCUUUGUCAAAGGAACAUGAUUUCAUAAUUAUGGAAGAUGAUCCAUAUUAUUAUCUAUAUUAUGGCGACGCACCUCGAUACCCCUCGUAUUUUUCAUUGGAGUCAAAGGAGCAAUCAGAGGUCGGCCGAGUCCUGCGUUUCGACAGUUUGUCGAAGAUCCUCUCCUCAGGUAUUCGGAUUGGGUUUGCCUGUGGUCCGGAGCCGCUCAUGCAGGCUAUAGACAUGCAUACGGCUGUUGCUAACCUGCAGACAUCGUCCCUUACGCAGUCGAUCACAUUCGCGCUGCUGGAUUCAUGGGGAUACGAUGGCUUUAUGAUGCAUACACGAGCAGUUUCUCAAUUUUAUCGCGAGAAAAGGGACGUAUUCGAGAGUGCAAUGAAGCGGCAUCUCGAGGCUCUUGCUGAGUGGACCAGACCAGAAGCUGGCAUGUUCUUCUGGUUUAAACUCCUCUUAGAUCCCACGGGGGAAUCCGAAGGCGACUCAGAAAGUAUCGUUAGAACGAAGGCAUACGAACGAGGUGUACUUGCCUUACCGGGGACAGCCUUCUUACCGAGAGGGGGUAAGACGCCGUAUGUACGAGCUGCGUUUAGUCUGUUGGGUCCGGAGGAAGUCGAGGAAGCUAUCAAACGUCUACGUGAAACCGUCCUCGAGGCAAGACGAGUAGGCCCUUGA